AUGAAUCCAAGUCCACACACCCACAGGACUCGAGCAGAUGGAUACGCCACAAACGACACAGAAUCGCGGAUGUCAAGUGGGAGCGAUACUGGGGAAGGAAGCCCGACGACGACGACUCCUACGGAGGCUGGCAGCGACGCUACAAACCAAGAAUAUCCCCUGGUGUAUAUGCGGAAGUUUAGCGCGCCAAACAAUCCUGACGCACUUAGACUGGCGCAAAAUGUCCUAAACGACGUCGAUAGCAACGAUGAACUCCGUUUUCGAGCUAGCCUGAACGACGUGACAAAUACGUUCAUGGAAAGCAGGAAGCGCCUUGAUGUUGUCUUAGAAGACUAUAUCGCAAUCCGGCGUCGCUUCAUGGUAACGUAUGUGCGCAGGUGUAAGGAGGAGCAGGGCCAGCGCACAACCGAGAACGAGGAUGACAUGAUCAAGGAGGGGAAUCAAAAGGCCCAUGGAGGCGAUUGUCUCCUGGACGCGGUUGUGCUUAAACUUCCAGAUGGCCCCGGACAGGAUACGUACACACGUCUCUACGGAAUGCCUCCAGACAAGGUGGAGGAAAUCGCCCACAACAGCAUUAUCGACGAGCUUAACCAGCAUGCCACUGCGGUGGCAAACGGCCGCAGGGAAGUGUCACUUGACUAUUUGGAUGCCUUUAACAAGUUUAUCGCGGCUCUCGAGAAAGAAGGCAUCACUCCGGGAACGGACCUCAACCCGGGCGUUCGCGCCGCAUAUGACGCGCUUAAAGACACGCCGGUAUACGAACCCAAUGCCAGAAGCAGCUGCAGCAAAAAGCGCAAACUCUAG